GAAUAACUCAGCCAUUUCCAUCUUCCCACCCUGCUACUUUUCCACCUGCCGAGCAGUCUCCCCAAAUCGCCAUGGCAACGCAAAAGCGAGUCCUCGUGUGGAGCACGCCGCGAUCUUUGUCCACCGUCCUCAUGAGGGCGCUGUCACAGCUACCCGAUUCGCUGAUCAUCCACGAGUACCUGUUGUUAGUGGGUUUUAACGAGGCGGGUGAACAGUUACCCGGUACCGAGUGGAAAUCAGGCUUGUCCGACAAGGCCACAGAACAAGGCUUCAAUAUCAAGUCAUGGAAGGAGAUGUACGAGCAGCCUUAUCCCGGAAAAUCAUUUAUUCUUGGCAAAGAAUUCAGCGACGGGCUGGGAGGACGGAUGGAGAUGAUACCCGAAGGCUACACCCACGUCUUCUUGAUGCGCCACCCUUUCAAGUCAAUUACUUCUCAUUGGAAAUCACUCUCGUAUUUCCCAGACGAUGCAAGAUUUUCCAUGGUGAAGCCCAAAAGUUUCAAAACUUUGGCUGGUGUAUAUGACCAUGUCACCACCACUCUCGGCCAGCCAGCCCCCGUAGUCUUAGACGCCGACGACCUGCUUGCACAACCCGCGGAGGCCUUACGACUGCUCUGCCAAUCCAUCGGGAUGCCUUACAGCCAAGACCUACUCCGAUGGGAGCAGGUCAAAGGCGAGUCACCCUCCAACUGGUUAAUGCCAAAGAUGUUAUUGAGCAACCAUAAGGAUAUAGGGGUCUUCAAGUCUGCCUUUGAGAGCACCUGCUUCCACUCCAACCAGGCAACCUCGGGAGCGGCAAAGGAGGAAGACGCCAUUAAACCAGAACUCCAACAACUGAUCCAAGAUGCUUUGCCGUAUUACAACUACCUGUACGAACAUCGCUUAAUUAUCACAGGCUAGGAGAGAAAAAAAAGGUUGAAAAAUUUCUGGGGAACAAAUUUGAAAAUUGGCUUCAUAUUGACAAAAUCAUUUUUUUUUGUGUUGUGUAAGGGACUGUAUGAAUACUGCUUAAGCGUUAAACUGCGGAGCCAACAACGAAAUACGGGGUACCGAAAAAACAAUCAGCGAUCAAAUCGGCAAAUGUUUGCUAGUUUAAUUAAAAUGCAUUAAUUUUUAUUUGCGACUUGGGACGUAUUUGACGUUGACUUCAGGAUAGACACACAAAAUGAACGCCUAUAUUGAUUGGCGUGUAAAGGCUUUAUUUUGUCAAU